AUGCCAGGUCUUCCCCUUACUCUGCUGAAUGCCGCACAAGGCAAGCCGAUGCUGGUCGAGCUCAAGAACGGCGUGACGUUCAAUGGGCACCUCGUCGACUGUGACAACUUCAUGAACGUUACCCUGCGCGAUGUGUACGAAACGAGCGCAGACGGCGAGCGCUUCUGGAAGAUGAAGGAGAUGUUUAUCAAGGGGAAUGUGAUCAAGUACUUCCGUAUUGCCGACGCUGUGCUGGAUCAGGCCGCCGAGGAGCAGGAGAAGCAGCGCGCCGAGCGUGCAGCGCAGAAGGCACGUGGCGGCGGUCGCGGCGGACGCGGUGGUGGCAUGCCAGGCCGCGGCGGUGGUGGUGGUGGACGUGGUGGCGGCGCUUCUCGCGGGAUGCCCCAGCGCGGGCGCGGCGCGCCAGGACGAGGCGCUCGUGGCGGCGGCCCGGCGCGGUAGAGGGCGGAGUGAUGUAUAUGAUAGCAGUC